UCGUGUGGGCGUCCUAAAUAGUGAAAACGAAUGUUUUAUUUAUAUUGCACGCGUGUUAAUCAUGUCAGUGAUCGUCCCAGCGGGCAAUAGUCUCCAGUAGACAUGUUGAACGUACACAAACUAUGGUUGUUUUCUUGCCUUUGUAUUAUUGUUAUCAUUGUUUUGUAUUAUCAAUCGCAAAUAGCUCGUUUAGAGGAUAGUUUUAGAAGACUAGAAUACAAACAAACUGUAGCGCACUUUGACUCUCGUCAAUUCUUCCCUAAACCGACGGCAAGAGGUGACGAUGAUCUAGUGGUGAUCUACAACAGGGUCCCAAAGACUGGUUCAACAAGUUUCGUUGGCGUGGCCUAUGAUUUAUGCAAGAAAAAUAAGUUUAAAGUGCUUCAUAUAAAUGUUACAGCUAAUAUGCAUGUUCUCUCGCUCAGCAACCAGUAUAAGUUUGCUCAGAAUAUAACGAAGUGGAAUGACGUGAAGCCAGCACUCUAUCAUGGCCAUAUGGCAUUUCUAAACUUUAACAAUCUUGGAGUUAAAUCAAAACCAAUAUUUGUAAACCUGAUAAGAAAGCCUUUGGACCGCUUGGUCUCUUAUUAUUACUUCUUACGGAAUGGUGACAACUUUAGACCACAUCUUGUAAGGAAAAAACAUGGAGAUAAAAUGACUUUUGAUGAAUGUGUAGAGAGAGGACAGCCAGACUGUGACCCCAACAACAUGUGGAUGCAAGUCCCUUUCUUUUGUGGCCAUGCCGCACAGUGCUGGAAACCAGGGAACCUCUGGGCGCUACAGCAAGCAAAAUAUAACCUAGUCAAUAAUUAUCUUGUAGUCGGAGUUACAGAGGAAAUGUUAGAAUUCAUCACAAUACUCGAAACCGUGUUACCACGGAUGUUUAAAGGUGCAACUGAGCAUUACCUUAACAGCAACAAGUCUCAUUUAAGACAGACAAGUGCAAAAAUAGAGCCAAACCAACAAACCAUAGAGAAAAUUAAACAAUCACCCAUUUGGAGGAUGGAGAAUGAACUUUACGAGUUUGCAUUAGAACAUUUUAAAUUUGUUAAGAAAAAAAUUUUAUUGCGGGAAACUAAUAGUGUUGAGCAAGUGUUCUUUUACGAGAAAAUUCGGCCUAAAUGAGUGUUGCCCUUUAUGUAUAGAGAAGCUAGUCUAUAUUUGUGUUUCAUAGCUGCCUAUUUUAACUAUGGAGAACAGUGAAACCUCAUGUUUUAGGAAACUUGUUAUGCGUCAGUCUUCGUGAAAGUGCAAUAUUUUUAUUGCACAUAUAAAAUCAGAAACAAAUUAAGCAUAUCUCGUAAUGGUAAAAUCCAAUGGUAGGCUAUAUCAUUUAUUACUUAAUAGUAUUUAUCAGAAAACGAGUCAUGAUACAUUCAAACAUUGUAAAACACAUGAAAUUUUGUUCUUUUAGGUAAAACUACAGUGUUGCAAAUCUAUGAAUACUCCAUAUAUUAUAUAAUUUUGUAUAAUUGUAUGUCUUGAAUAAUGUAGUUCCUGUGAAUAUUGUAUAGUUGUAUUUUGUAGAGGCAAUUGUUGUAUGCCGUAGUGAUGUAUCUGCGUACAGUAGUAACAUCUGGCCAUCCAAUUACGAAAGUAUAGUACAUGUCCUGUUGCCUAUUGGGCCAUCAAAGAUGACCACAGCAAUGCCACUAGUGGCCACCACAAGCUGCGGACGAGGUUUUUCUUACUUUUUUUAUGAUAUUGAUUGGUGGUCAGCGCUCGUUACCCGCCACCUGCGUACACGCAACCACUGACGGCGAUCCUGUGCUAUGAUCGUGCAUGGACAUGAUGGAUCACGCUCCACUACCUGGGACUUGA